AUGGGCGAUAAUCCAAGCGCUGUGAAGGACUUGUUCGCCGGGGCUGUUGGCGGCAUUGUCCUCGUCGGCCAGCCAUUUGAUACUGUCAAAGUCAGACUCCAAACCCAAUCAUUGCAAAACCCCGUCUAUUCAUCAAUGAUGGAUUGUGUGUCAAAGACAUACAAGGCUGAUGGGUUUCGUGGCUUCUACAAGGGCACACUAACACCACUCAUCGGUAUCGGUGCUUGUGUAUCAAUCCAAUUCGGUGCUCUGGAAUACGUGAAACGAUCCUUUACAGAGUCAAACACAAAGGCUGGACAAGCAAACCCUGCUUCAUUAUCAUUGUCACAGUUAUUCUUGGCUGGUGCCGUCUCUGGAACUGCAAACUCGAUACUGAGUGGUCCUAUUGAACACGUCAGGACGAGAUUACAAGUGCAAUCAGGAACCACAAAAGAAUUCUCAGGACCAGUUGAUUUCGCCAAAAAGACAAUGAAACAAUUCGGAAUUGCUGGUAUAUAUAAAGGUCAAGCAAUCACUAUGGGUCGUGAAUUUAUUGGUUAUGGUGCCUACUUCUUGACGUACGAGUAUUUGAUACAACGAGCCAUGGAAAAGAAUAAUAUCAGGAAACGAUCAGACGUACCCGCCUACCUGCAAGUAAUAUACGGCGGCUUCUCAGGAAUGGCCAUGUGGUUUUCAAUAUAUCCGAUCGAUGUCGUGAAAUCCAAAUUACAAACUGAUGCGCUCGACCCCGCAAAGCGACAAUACAAGUCUGCUAUACAUUGUUUCAGUACCACUGUCAAGGCCGAGGGUAUGGCUGGACUGUACCGUGGGUUCUGGGUGUGCAUGUUGAGGGCGUUCCCUGUCAAUGCCGCUACAUUCUUGGCAUUCGAGGCCACCAUGAAUGUGAUUGGAAGAUAA